UGCGUUACCGAUUCAAGUAACAACAAUCAAAAUUGACAAUUUCGCUGCGCUUUACUCCGCUCCUUUGUUUAUUAAACAAAAAAGUCCAAAUAAACAUUACGCGUCUGAAGCAUUACAACAAAAAGUAGCAAAAUUUUGAUACACUGUUUAUAGUUGAUUGUAAAAGCGCGCAAACUUGCAAUUUGCUAUGUUGCGUUGCAUACGUUUCGGUGAGGUGUUGCUGGAUGAGACUUUCCGGACAUUUUUAAUAUGUAAUCAGUGCCAGGCGGAAUUCGUGGAAGUGCCCGAGUUUCGUGUACAUCUUGCGACCACCCCCUGCGGACAGCGGCUAUUUAAGGAAGAUGUGGUUGGCUUAAAAUUUGGUCCCGCACAAGUCACGCGCAGCAGCAAAGAAAAAACAUAUUUGUUGUAUAAUCCAGUGGAUGUGCAAUUAGCGACUACAGAAACGGUGAUAAGCAGCGUCACUGCAACAGCAGAAGGUGGCGACGAUGCCUAUUUAGAUUUAAUGAAAAUUGAAGAAGAAUUACUCGAUCCACGUUGGUACACAGAUAUUGCAAAUGCACAGACUGAGGUUGCUAGUCCACAAGCUGCUGCAUCAUUAUCGAGCGCCAUUAAUGCCAAUAAACCGAUGGAAUAUAAAGAACUCGUAGAGGCUGUGGGACCCUAUGUCCAAUUCAAAGAAAACGCCGCUAAAAGAAAACCAAGCAGCGUUGUGGUAAGACGUUUUCCCAAUAAGUCUGAUAAUCCCGUUGCUGCUAAAAACAAUCCAGUAUUACAAACUAAACUUGAGCCAAGCAAUGACCAAAAAUCGGUGCGCUUGCUGAAUCCUGCAGUGAAACGAAAACUUGAUAUGACACCAAAGCAGGUGCAAUUUAAUGAUAAAACGACUGUAAAAUAUGUAAUUAAUGAGAAAUUGUGUACAAAUUCUGCGCCAAUAACUGAAGAAAUAACCCUAAAUAAUGGCGCGGUGGUAAAGCGACGUAAAACGAUAAAUAUACCAACCGAGCAAACAAGCAUGCGACAAGACCUGCAGGAACAGACUAUUCGGCGAAGUUCAGAUGUACCAAAAAGUACAAUCGGAAUAGCCGCAGUACGUAAGACUGUCACACAACCAACAAAUGUAGUAGGAGCUAACAAAACUGCAAAAUCGCACAAUAUCGCAAUUGCUCCGACUGUGGUUAGUUCAAAGAUUGUUGCUCCAACAAAAUUGCCAUCAACAGCUGCACCUAAAACCGACGCAGCAGCAAAGAACAAAGGCCCGUUGCCUAAUACACGUGUGAUAGCUACACAAAUGAAUGGCAAAAAUCAAACAAUUCACUCCAAUUUAUUAGUUAAAAAUCCUACCACAUACGCCAGAGCCAACUCGAAUGGCAUAACAAGCGAAAAACCGCUACCAAAUCGAACCGCGCCCAUAUCUGUCAACAAAGUAGCACCAACAGCUACAAAACCACAACAACGUACUGUUAAUACAUCGGGCGUAGGAGCAACACAAAUAGCACCCGUCGUGUCUAUAAAGCAAACAGCACCACCCGCACUAGCACCCUUAUCAAGUAGUAAUCCCACUGCCACGGCUCAACAGAAAACCAAUGAUAUAUUAAACAAACUGCAGACGCGCGGUUUGCAGGUGAAGCGCACGCAGCCGCCCGUCACAACAUCGGUCAACACGAUUCAACAGAACAAAACGAUGGAGCUGCUGCAAAAACUGCAAUCCAAAGGCAUGAAAGUGAAAAUACUAAAUGGCAAAGAGGCGUUGUGUGCAAGUGGUGCGACGGUUGCCCAAACUAGUGCCAGCAUCAAUUUGCCAACCACUGCAGUGAGAGACGCGAAAAUCGUGUGCAACGUGGGAAGUGCCGCUUUGGCGCUGGUGAAACCAAAUAAGACGAUUUUAAACAAUAAGCUCAUAAUUAAGAAAGUAAAGUAGUAGUGAUAGUAGUGAUGUAGAAUUUUACUGCGUUUUGUCGAUAACCGUUAGGCUAUUUUUGAAACAAAGCCAGAUUUUAAUUAUUUGUUUGUUUAUCCGCCAUACAAUUUUGUUUAGAUCUGAAGAAAAUUCGAAUAGUCUACAUAAGCUUCUUUUAUGUAUUAGUUUCAUAUUCAAAUUUUUUAAAUUAAAAUUCAUUAUGUAAUGCUUAAUAUUUAAGCAACCGAAUACGCGUCACUAAAUGUUUACUGUUCUCAUCUGUGUUGAAUAAAAUAUUAACAUAUGUCUGUAUUUAUGUUCACUCAGCUCGUUCGGCACAGCUGAGAAGGAAUACUUGAAAAUAAAUCGUUUUCAAAA